AUGAAAUUGGAUUGGGAUAUAGUUGAAGGACUUCUAACUAUAUUAGAUUCAUGUAAUGAAUUGGUUAAAUGCUUUCAAAUGGUGAGGGAUAGAGUAAAGCAAGAUAGUUUAAUUCCUAUCAAAUUGGUCAUAAAGGCAGCCCGAAGCGGUGAUGGCCGACAUCAAAACAUGCCAACCGCAGGGGAGAUUGCUGGCCUAAUUGUCGGAAACAUUGAAGAUACGAUUGGUAUUCGAGACAUUAUCGUUGAUGAUUGUAAAUUGGGAUUAACAAGGAUAAGUGAUCUCCACUCAAGUUUUAUGGCAAUGCAAUAUCCUCUACUUUUUCCAUAUGGAGAGGAUGGUUUUAGACUUGGCGUGGAACUUAAUCAAAACACCAACAAUGCUCAGAAAAAAGGAAAGAAGUUACAUACAUGGAGGAAACUAUUACAAACUUACAUUAUGGAUCUCAUGACCUGCAUUGAGGAGGAAAGACUUCAUUGGGUUAAAGUUAAUCAGUCAAAGAUCCGUGCGGAGUUAUACUGUGGUAUCAAGGAUGCACUACAUAGAGGAGAUACUGAAGGUGCACAAGUAGGUAAGAGAAUUGUUCUACCUUCCUCUUUCACUGGCGGACCACGUUAUAUGACCCAAAAUUACCAAGAUGCAAUAGCUCUUUGCCGUGUUAUGGGAAACCCUGAUCUUUUCAUCACGGUAACAUCAAAUCCAAAGUGGAAUAAAAUUCUUGAAUUUCUCAGAAAUAAUGGCGGACAGAGACCUAAUGAAAGACCAGAUAUCGUCGCAAGAGUGUUCAAGAUCAAACUAGAUUCAUUGAUGGAGGAUCUUCAAAAGAAUAAUCAUUUUGGAAAGUGUAUAGUAGCGGUAUAUACAAUAGAAUUUCAGAAACGAGGACUACCACAUGCACAUAUUUUGAUUUGGCUACAUCCUGCUCAUAGAUAUCCAACACCAGCAAAGAUUGAUGAAAUCAUUGUCGCUGAAAUACCAGACAAAACAAAGGAUCCAGUUGGAUAUGAUGUUGUAUCAAAAUAUAUGACGCAUGGACUAUGUGGACAAGUUGCACCAAGAUCUCCAUGUAUGAAAAACCUGAAGUGCACAAAACAUUUCCCCAAGAAAUAUAUCAAUCAGACCUGCAUUGAUGAUGCUGGGUUUCCUAUAUAUCGUAGGAGAUGUGAUGAAAAUGUUUGGGUUGAAAAAGGAGGAAUUAAGCUUGACAAUAGCUAUGUGGUACCAUACAAUCGAAACUUAAUUGUUAAGUAUCAAGCCCACAUAAAUGUUGAAUGGUGCAAUAGAGGUAGAUCUAUCAAAUACCUCUUCAAAUAUAUCACUAAGGGACCCGAUUAUGUCUCAGCAUCUCUUCAACAUAUAAGCAAUAAUGCAGCAUCUUCUUCCAAUGCGAAAGAAAGACUUGAUGAAGUACAAUACUAUCUUGAUUGUAGAUAUAUAUCUGCUCCUGAAUCAAUAUGGAGGAUUUAUGGCUUUGAUAUCUACUAUUGA